AUGUCAAGACUCAAGACUCUCAUUGCAAACACCUGUACGGACGUUGACGGAGAUUCGAUCUCGGUGACCUCGACUCUAUCGAUGAACACCGACAAAAUCAAGAUCUUUGGCGCUCGCGUGAAGCUCAUCUACAACUACCCCGAGUCCCUCCUCACCGAAACAGGUAUCAUGAUCAUUGAACAUGCCGACUUUGAGGGCUUGGAAUGGUUGUCGCUCGUCACUGGGGUUGAAAUCGCAAGCACCUUCGACCGACCGGAUCUGGUCAGGCUCGUCCAGUGCGAGUUAGUUGAGGAGAUUGGAGAGGACAAGCACAUUGAAUUCUCCGGAGUGGCCGCUGGUGAACCCUGCACCGUCGUUCUCUGUGGAUCUACAAACCAAAUGGCAGACGAGGCUGAGAGAUCCCUGCACGAUGCUCUUCCCGUUUGGUUCCAGACGGUUUAG